AGCAGCUGGAUCCUAGCUUUUACUUGGGGAUGGAAGGCCAUCGUAAAACUGGAAACUGCUGCGGGUGGGGAGUGGGGCUGCUUUAAUGAGCAAAGGGGUUUCUUGCUUCCAAGGAAAUGGGAUGAGAAUGGAAGUCUCCUAAAAGCCCCACUUCCAAAUCCUACCCUUUCCUCCAAGGACCAUCUCAAAAACUUAUUUUGGAAAUGAGGAAAUCGAGGCAUUAUGUGGCUUUAACGCUAUUAGUAAGCUCUUUGAAGCCAUGCCGUGGUUCUUUCUGACCGCGCUGCUGGUCGCGCUGCUUCUGCUGCUGCUCCUGUCCCGCCGGCGAAUGCGGAGACCUGGGGAGCCCCCUUUGGAUCUAGGCCUCAUUCCCUGGCUGGGCCAUGCCUCAGAGUUUGGCAAAGAUGCAGCUGGAUUCCUUUCCAGGAUGGAGAAGAAGCACGGGGACAUCUUUACGGUGCUCGUGGCAGGGAGGUUUAUCACGGUCCUCCUAGACCCUCACUCGUAUGACACAGUCGUCUGGGAGUCCAGCUCCAAGCUGGACUUCCACAAAUAUGCGGUCUUCCUCAUGGAGAAGAUUUUCAAUGUUCAGCUGGCCAACUAUGAUCCUGGUUUGGAGAAAGCCAAGAUGAAACCGACCCUGCUCCACAAGAACCUGCAGGCCCUCACUGGGGCCAUGUUUAACAAUCUUUGCAACAUCCUUCUGAAGGAUAUAGGGGACAUGGGCACAGACUGGCAGGAAAUAGGGCUGUUCCAGUUCUCUUACAACGUGAUGCUCAGAGCCGGCUACUUGACGCUGUAUGGCACUGAGGGUGAUGAUCCAGUUAGCCAGGCCCGCAAUCGGACCCACUCUGCUGAGGUUUUCCAGAGUUUCCAUCAGCUGGACCAGCUUCUGAUGAAACUCGCCCGUAGCUCUCUGUCAGCAGAGGAGAAGAAAGAAGCCUCCCGAGUAAAAGCCCAUCUUUGGAAGCUUCUUUCCCCACAAAGUCUGGUGGGCAGGGCCCACAAAAGUGCCUGGCUGGACAGUUACCAGCAAUAUCUGGAAGAACUGGGAGCCGGGGAGGAGAUGCAGGCCAGGGCCAUGCUGCUUCAACUCUGGGCCACUCAGGGCAAUGCUGGUCCUGCUGCUUUCUGGUUCCUGCUGUUCCUCCUGAAGACUCCCACUGCUCUCGCUGCUGUCCUUGGGGAGUUAGAAAGCACCCUCCAGAAGGAAGGGCGGGCGCUGUCCGAGAUGGCCAGCAUUCCUCAGGAAGUCCUGGAUAGCAUGCCUAUUUUUGACAGCGUGUUAAGUGAAAGCCUGAGACUGACGGCCGCCCCCUUCAUCACCCGAGAGGUUCUGGUGGACAUGGUGCUGCCCCUGGCAGAUGGACGAGAGUACAGCCUCCGGCAAGGUGACCGCCUCCUCCUCUUCCCCUUCCUCAGUCCUCAGAGGGACCCAGAAAUCUACGAGGACCCAGAGGAGUUCAAGUACAACCGGUUCCUGAACCAAGAUGGGAGUGAGAAGCGAGAUUUCUACAAGGGUGGAAAGAGGCUCAAGAAUUACACCCUGCCCUGGGGAGCUGGAACUAACACGUGCCUGGGAAGGAGUCAUGCCAUCAGCAGCAUAAAACAGUUUGUUAUUAUUUUGUUGAUGCAGUUUGACCUGAAAUUGAAAAAUCCAGAGGAAAAGAUCCCCAGCUUUGACUGCAGUAGGUAUGGGUUUGGACUGAUGCAGCCAGAGCAUGAUAUCACCAUUUGCUAUCGACUCAAGCCCGGAGGGACACCGGGCUCCACAGGGCUUUCCUUCUCAGCACCUGGGAGAACUACAGAAGCCUGAAAAGCUAAUGAUAAGAACAUAUUCAUUUGAACUCUCAUCUCUCUUCCUCUCUCACUAGAUGAAGGGUUUGGCUUUUCUCUGCCCAAACCCUUCCUUUCUUCCUCUAAGAACCUUCCUGUUGGAAGAAAGAUUAUGUUUCUGAUGUCAUGGGAUUCAUCUGCUCUUCCAGGACAGGGCAUAGAGUGGUUCCUCUUCUGGUCCAUCAGGUUUGCUUGCUGGGAGCUCCUAGAACCUUGAGCUUGGCCCAAAGCUUCCUCCUUUCUUUGUUUUCUGUCUGUUGCUAGCAGUCUCUUUGAUAGGGGCAGAGGAUGGAGUUCAGUCACCAAGGAUCAGAUCUAUAGCUCUAAGCCAUCUAUAUGACAUGUAUCAUCACUUUUAUACAGUCUCUCUGGACUUUGGAGCAAAGUUAAGCUGAUUGUGGACCCAAACACAGACCCACACUAUGCUCCAAGGAGCAUAGACCUACCACAUUAGUCGAUUGCCUGCCUAUCCCAAAGAGUUAGGGCCGCACAUAACACAAAGGGGAGUGUAGAACUUCAGCAUUACCUGGGUCAUUAAUGACUUCCAUCCCUAUCACUACAAAAUGAGUAGCCAAAUAUUGGCUGAUUUGAUGACUACACCUGUGCUAUUUACAACAGUGACUCCCUCCCCGUCCCCUAUACUCACUCCUCUCUGAUGCACAAUUAGAGAAUCCAUCACCCAUGUAAAGCUAUUCAUAACACUUCCAGACUUUCCCAAUCCUAAAACCCUAUCUGGGAAGGCCUAGCCCCUCCCUGAUUUUCUUGGUUUCUGAAAAGCCUUGCCUCCUAGGUGAGAAAACCGGAAUCCCAAAUUCCAAAUUGCCUUUCACGUUCUCUAGCUACUACCAUCUCUUGGUGUAUAGUUCUAGGACCUACUCACUUGGGUGCUAGAAUUUUACUUGCUUGGUAGCUAUCCUAACUCCCAAAAGUUUGCCUGGCUGAGUUUACAGACAACAUAAUUCCCUUUCAGUCCAGCAACCAACACAACUACUUGUUAUUCUGCUCUGGUUCUUCAAAGAAGAUGGCAACUCACGUCCUAGAACAUAAAAUGCCAAGUUGGAGUUAGCCCCCAUGGGUAUGCUGCACCAGUUCCUUCUGUCAAAUAAUCGUCAUCCAGUUAUUCAUGCGCCACUGAGCAUGUGUCCCUCACUGAGGCAUUGUUUUUGCCAAAACAAGCUAGGAAGUGCCCAAUUCAGAUAAGUGACAUAAGAUCCAGUCUGGUGGGUAGAUUGUCAUCAUGAUUCUUUCAUACUCACAUCUAUACAUAGGGGUGAGGGAGGGGACACUAGAACCCAAAUUCCUAAAUACUGUGCUGCUCAGGCCAGGGAUCUGUGAAAAUCUGGGGCUGAUCAGGUGGACACUUCUGUAAUACUCACUGAAACUCCUACUUGGUUGCUUAUUUCUUCCAAACCUCACAUAGACUCACUCAAGGUAAAUAGCCACUUCAGUGCCACUAAGUGCUGUAUGCUCACUCUCUACUCUCACUUCUAAGGGGCACACCUCCCCACAAACCCAUGAGCAUUCAACAUAGACACUCUCAGCCAUGGAAACUCUUCAAGUUUAAUUCUAACCCCAUUCCAGCCUUCCAUCCAUUGUCCUUUUUUUUUUAAAAAAAAAAAAACUGAUCAUUGAUAUCAUUUUUUUUACAUUGCCUACAUCUACCCUUGUGUUCCUCCCCCUUCUACAAAGCCAUCCCUUAUAACAAAGAAUUUAUUUAAAGAGGAAAAAGAAAAAAAUCCAACAAAACCAAUUGCUACAUUGAAAAAAAAUCUGACACUGCCAUGCAAUGUCCCACAGCUCUGGACCCCUCCAUCUCUGUGCAGGAGAGGGAAGAGGGGUUUUCUCAUAUCUCCACUUGGAGGCCAUGCUUGUUCCUUGUAAUUUUGUGACUUUCAUUUUAGAUUGUUUCCCAAUUGUUGUACUUUCCAUCACAUUGUUGUAGCUGUGCACAGUGUUUCUUGGCUAUCCUUACUUCACUUUGCAUCAGUUCAUGUAAGUCUUUCCACACUUUUUUGAAUUCUGUGGUCUUUCUUUUAUCAUAUCCAGUACUUUCCAAACACUCUAAGACCAGUACCAAUUCUUUUUUUGUUUGUUUGUUUGUGCGAGGCAGUUGGGGUUAAGUGAGUUGCCCAGGGUCACACAGCUAGUGAGUAUCACAUGUCUGAUGCUGAAUUUGAACUCAGGUCCUUCUGAUGCCCUUAAAUAGGCUUGUGGAAUAAUUGACAUCUCCAGAUAGCAGGCUGCCCCAGCAGCCUUGGGUGCACAACUGUGCCUCCUUUGCUGGCAUCCUCACAUUCUGACACAUUCAUCAGUCUACAAGCCCAGGGCUCCCUGGGUCAUAUUAGUUAUAUCACCUCCUGAUUGCUGCUGGCCCAUUCACAUUCCUACAUUAUCAUUAAGUAAUCACUUUUUCAGGGUAGCUGGGUGGUGCAGGGGAUAGAGCACCAGCCCUGGAUUCAGGAGGACCUGAGUUCAGAUCCAGCCUCAGACA